AUAUUAAUAAAUAAAAUUGAAAUUAGCAGCAGCGGUUCUGCUCUCUAUGGUUUUAGUUGUGUGUGCAGGACUCUGCAACAAACUGAAAACCCUAUUUGAGAGAGAGAAAGAGAGAGAGAGAGAGAGAGAGAGAGAGAGUUAGCUGUAUAAAUAAACGUUUCUCUAUCAAAUUCUUCACAAAUCGCAAUUCCCAGGGCUGCAGAGUUAUAAAUCAUUUACUCAUUGGUGUUUGAUUCGUCAAGGGCCUUUGCUUGAAAUGGAUUCACCUGACCAUAGUCGGAGUUAUGCAAAACGAGAUACUGAGGAUAGCUCGGAUGUGAGGAGUGAUAGGGCAGGAGAUGAUGAGGAAAGGGAGAGCAGUGAUAAGAGGUCGAAGCACCGCUCAAGCAAGUCUAGAAAGUCAAGCAAUGGAGAAGAUGCUGAAGGAUUGGAUGGUAGUGGGAGAAGAAGAAGUUCUGGUGGGGACAGGGGUGAGAGUCGUAAGAGGUCAGCUGGUGGUGGUGGCUCUAGCAAAGCUGGUAGUGAUGAUGAUGAUUAUGAAACAAGAAAAGAGCUGCGUUCGAAACAAUUGAAGAAAAAACAAGAGGAAAGUAGCUUGGAAAAGUUAAGCAGUUGGUACCAGGACGGAGACUUAGAGAAUAGGCAGGCUGGUGAAAAGUCUGGAAGUAAAGGGCAUAGUCGUCCUGAUGAGAGUGAGAGAAAGAAAAUAACAUCAAAGAUAGCAGACCAUGAGGGUUCCCGCAGUGGAAGUAAAAACAAAGAAGAAAAAUCCCUUGAUGGAGAGCAUGAAAAGGCACAAGAUAGAGAUUCUAGGUAUUCAGAUAGGAGAGAAAGCAGCCGAGAGAAGGUUCAUGGUUCUACAGAUCCAGUAAGGACCUCUAGGAGGAGAUGGGAUGAUUCAGAUGCUGGCAAGAAAUCUGAAGAAGUUCAUCAUGAAAAGGCUGAUCUAAGAAGUGGAAAGGGAUCUGAUUCCAAAUAUGAGAAUUCUAAAGAGAAAAGUACAUCUGCAAAAAAUGAACCCAGUGACAGUAAAAGCAGGGGCUUAGAUUCAAACAGUGAGAAGGGUGUCAAAUCGAACAAUAAAGAAGAGAAAAGAAUUGAUGGAGAGAGGAACAAGAGUAAAAACAGGUCAGAAGCUGUAGAGGAAGAUGAUAAGGGUAGUCCUAUUACUCGUGAAGACAGAUCAGCUCGGGAGAAAAAUGAGAAGCAUAGACAACAGAGAACUCCUACUAGUAGGGAUGCUGGUGAAAGUCGUGAAAGAUCUUCCAUUGCAGAUGAUGAUGGAAGUAUAUGGGUAAGAGAUAAAACUGCAAGAGAGGCUGGGCGCUCUAACAGGUCCAGGACCCCAGAGAGGAGUGCAAGGCACCACCAAGAAUCGCAGUACUCUGAAGUGGAGUAUGAAAGAAGCUCAGACAUCAGGCGGAAGGAUUUGGAAAAGGAUGCCCAUAGGGAUGAUAGAUCAAAGGGCAGGGAUGAUAGCUGGAGUGACUGGAAUAGAGAUCGGGAAAGUUCUAAAGAUAGCUGGAAAAGAAGGCAGUCUACUAGCAAUGAUAGAGAGGCAAACGAUGACAUUGUUUAUGAUCGUAGUAGAGAUUGGGAGCCAAGACAUGGUCGCGAGAGAAAUGACAAUGAAAGGCCUCAUGGAAGAACCAGGGGUGAAGCUGUAAAAACAUCAUCAAAUUUUGGAAUUUCAAAUGAGAAUUAUGAUGUUAUAGAGAUCCAGACCAAGCCUCUUGAUUAUGGUCGAGCAGAGUCUGGAUCAAACUUUUCCAGGAGAACCGAGCAUGGUCAGCAAUCUGAUGGUAAAUUAGGGCCAAAUGCUGAAGAGUGGUCGCAUAUGCGGGAUGAAAGGGUAAGAAGACAUGAUAUAUAUGGUUCCAUUGAGGACUCAAAGGAAAGAUAUAAUGAUGAUGGUGCAUCAUGGAGGGAUGAAAUGGACUACCAGGCAGGGAAAGGAAGAGGACAGAGAGGGGCUAUGUCUGGUCGUGGUGCUGGUGGUCAAAGCUCCAGUGGUGGUUCACAGACUCCGUAUGGGAACCAGGAACCAGGGUCUUUUUCCAGAACUCAACAAGGAGUAAAAGGGGGUAGGGUUGGAAGAGGAGGAAGGGGUAGGCCUACUGGCAGAGACAACCAGCAGGUCCCAUUGCCCUUAAUGGGAUCACCUUUUGGGCCACUUGGAGUCCCACCACCUGGUCCGAUGCAGCCACUUGGCCCCAGUAUGUCACCUGCUCCAGGCCCUCCAAUUUCACCAGGUGUCAUCUUUCCACCAUUUUCUCCACCAGUGGUUUGGCCUGGGGCUCGAGGUGUAGAGAUGAAUAUGCUAGGUAUGCCACCAGCUCUCUCUCCUGUUCCUCCUGGACCAUCAGCCCCGAGAUUUCCUCCUAGCAUGGGGACUCCUCCAAACCCUGCUAUGUUUUUUAAUCAGGCAGGACCUGGAAGGGGAGUGCCUCCAAACAUGUCUGGUCCUGGUUUUAAUCCUGUAGGACCAGUAGGACGAGGAACGCCUUCUGAUAAGACUUCAGGGGGCUGGAUUCCUCCUAGAAAUAGUGGACCUCCUGGUAAAGCACCUUCAAGAGGAGAGCAGAAUGAUUACUCGCAGAAUUUUGUAGAUACUGGUAUGCGGCCCCAAAAUUUUAUCAGGGAGCUAGAGCUUACCAAUGUUGUAGAGGAUUAUCCAAAGCUCAGGGAGCUUAUACAGAAAAAGGAUGAGAUUGUGGCUAAAUCUGCCUCUGCUCCUAUGUAUUUGAAAUGUGACCUUCAUGAGUUUGAGCUGUCCCCUGAGUUCUUUGGAACCAAGUUUGAUGUGAUUCUGGUGGAUCCCCCUUGGGAGGAAUAUGUUCAUCGAGCUCCUGGUGUUGCUGAUCAUAUGGAGUAUUGGACUUUUGAAGAUAUACUAAAUCUCAAAAUUGAGGCAAUAGCAGAUACACCUUCGUUUAUCUUCCUCUGGGUGGGUGAUGGUGUGGGACUCGAGCAAGGUCGGCAAUGUUUAAAGAAGUGGGGGUUUCGUAGAUGCGAGGAUAUAUGUUGGGUGAAGACCAACAAAAGUAAUGCAACUCCAGGGCUGCGGCAUGAUUCUCAUACUUUGUUUCAGCAUUCAAAGGAACAUUGCUUGAUGGGUAUAAAAGGAACAGUUCGUCGCAGCACUGAUGGUCACAUAAUACAUGCUAACAUUGACACUGAUGUGAUUAUUGCUGAGGAACCUCCUUAUGGUUCAACCCAAAAGCCUGAAGAUAUGUAUCGUAUAAUUGAGCACUUCUCCCUUGGCCGUAGAAGGCUUGAGCUUUUUGGUGAAGAUCACAAUAUUCGAUCUGGUUGGUUGACUGCUGGUAAAGGACUAUCCUCGUCAAAUUUCAAUGCUGAGGCGUAUGUUAGAAAUUUUGCUGACAAGGAUGGGAAAGUUUGGCAAGGAGGCGGUGGACGAAAUCCUCCCCCUGAGGCACCUCAUCUUGUCGUUACGACCCCUGAAAUAGAGGCUCUACGGCCAAAGUCGCCAAUGAAGAACCAGCAGCAGCAGCAAUCCACGUCCAUUUCUCUGACAACGGCCAUUUCUUCCAAUAGAAGGACAGCUGGAAAUUCUCCGCAUAAUCCAAGCAAUUUUACUUUAAGUUUAAACCAAGAGGCUUCUAGCUCCAACCCUUCUACACCAGCUCCUUGGGCUUCACCAAUGGAAGGUUUUAGAGGACGAGAAGGCGGGAAUAUGCCUUCAGACGACAAACUUUUUGAUAUGUAUGGAUAUAGUGGGCAGGCAAAUGGAGACUAUCUAGAUUUUGAAUCCCAUAGACCAAUGAAUGUGUUGUAACAAACGCCUCCCAUAAUAUUGUUGUUUUAUUCCCUGUAUUAUUUUCUCUAUUUAAUUAUAAAUGGAAAGAAAGGAAAUGCCAUUCCCUUUCCAUUCUCUC